AUCACGUGCUAGAGUUUCUCUCUCGUGUCAUGAUGAUGAUGAUGAUGAUGAUGAUGUGGAGUCUGAAGCUCGCACGCAUGAAUCAGAGAGAGAUGUGACUGAGUUGUUUCCUGGAGGGGUGUGUGAUUCUGUCUUCACCUUUGCUCUGAAUCUUUAUAUUCUCGGUGGAAACGAAGUCAGUCCGGAUGUUUAAAGACUCUUGGGAACUUCUUCUGCCUCUGGAAUAUUUCAUCAUAUACAACAGAAGGACACGAUUCUGAAUUCAUGAAGCAGGAUUGACUGAAGGUAGAACUCAAAGCGCAAAAUGUGCGAAAAUAGCGGCAACCUCUUUGGAAAAGACGUUCUUCAGACAGAACAGACAAAAAACACAGAUGGAAACUUUGAUCAGGUUGAAAUCUCCGAAUGCAGAGAUACGAACACUGUAUAUAACACUCGUUUAUUCCGGAGGAGAUGGCUCAUUCUGCUGCUCUUUAGCUCGUAUUCACUGUGCAACGCGUUCCAGUGGAUCCAGUAUGGGAUCAUCAACAACAUCUUCAUGAAGUUCUACAGCGUCUCUUCAUUCGCCAUCGACUGGCUGUCAAUGAUCUAUAUGCUGACUUACAUCCCCUUCAUCUUCCCAGUGACAUGGCUGUUGGAGAGGAAGGGGCUACGGGUGAUCGCUCUGUGCGCAGCUUCGAUCAACUGCGUGGGAACCUGGAUCAAAGUGGCCAGCGUCCAGCCGAACCUGUUCUGGGUCACGAUGCUCGGACAGUUCGCCUGUUCCUUUGCGCAGGUGUUCAUUUUGGGAAUGCCGUCUCAGGUGGCGUCCGUGUGGUUCGGCUCUGAUGAAGUGUCCACCGCCUGCGCCAUCGGCGUGUUUGGAAACCAGCUUGGCAUUGCUAUUGGUUUCUUGAUCCCGCCGAUACUUGUGCCCAACGUGGAUGACAUGAAUGAACUGGCUGAACACAUCAGCAUCAUGUUCUACAUCACAGCCGCUGUGGCCAGCCUCAUCUUUCUGCUGGUCGUGUUUGUUUUUCAGGAAAAGCCUGAAAUCCCUCCGUCUAUGGCUCAGGUGGUGCUCGGAGACAUGCCCACCACACAGUACUCAUACCUGGCUUCAGUUGUAAGACUUGUGCGCAACAAGCCCUUCAUCCUCCUCCUCAUCAGCUACGGACUGAAUGUGGGAUGCUUCUAUGCUGUUUCCACUCUGUUAAACAGGAUGAUAAUAGAGCAUUACCCUGGUGAAGAGGUGAAUGCUGGGAGAAUUGGCUUGACUCUCGUCAUCGCUGGCGUGGUCGGCUCUCUGCUCUGUGGAAUCUGGCUAGACAAGACCAAGACUUAUAAGCAGACAACGCUCUCAGUGUAUCUGCUGUCGUUUGUGGGGAUGGUGAUCUAUGCUUUCACCCUGAACUUGGGUCAUCUGUGGGUUGUGUUCCUCACAUCAGGAGCGCUCGGGUUCUUCAUGACGGGUUAUCUGCCGCUGGGCUUUGAGUUUGCAGUGGAGCUCACAUACCCAGAGUCAGAGGGAACAUCUUCAGGACUGCUCAACUGCUCAGCGCAGAUGUUUGGAAUUGCAUUCACCAUCAUUCAAGGCAAAAUCAUCGAUCACUUCAGCACACUGGCCGGAAACAUCUUCCUCUGUGUGUUCCUCUUCAUCGGCUCCAUCCUGACAGCUCUUAUACAAUCUGACCUGCGGCGACAGAAGGCCAACAGUCAACCUCAGACAGAGGUGAUCGCUGACUCAUCCGUACAUCCUCAAGAUGGAAAAUCAUUAAAAGAGAUGAAGAUGUAAAGGUGGAAACCACUGGAAUCACACUCUCAAAGAGCAUCACAACUCCAUGUGAACCAUCUUUACACAGACCAGAUCUGAACAAUAACAGCUCACUUUACAAACCUGAUUCCAAAAAAGUUGGGACACUAUACAAAUUGUGAAUAAAAACAGAAUUCAAUGAUGUGGAAGUUUCAAAUUUCAAUAUGUUAUUCAGAAUACGACAUAGAUGACAUAUCAAAUGUUUAAACUGAGAAAAAUUUUCAUUAUAAGGGAAAUAAGUUGAUUUUAAACUUCAUGGGAUCAACACAUCUCAGAAAAGUUGGGACAAGGCUAUGUUUACCACUGUGUGGCAUCCCCUCUUCUCUUUAUAACAGUCUGCAAACGUCUGGGGACUGAGGACACAAGUUGCUCAAGUUUAGGAAUAGGAAUGUUGUCCCAUUCUUGUCUAAUACAGUCUUCUAGUUGCUCAAAUGUCUUGGGUCUUCUUUGUCACAUCUUCCUCUUUAUGAUUUGCCAAAUGUUUUCUAUGGGUGAAAGAUCUGGACUGCAGGCUGGUCAUUUCAGUACCAGGAACCUUCUUCUACACAGCCAUGAUGUUGUAAUUGAUGCAGUAUGUGGUCUGGUAUUGUCAUGUUGGAAAAGGUAAGGUCUUCCCUGAAAGAGACGACGUCUGGAUGGGAGCAUAUAUUGUUCUAGAACUUGGAUUUACCUUUCAGCAUUGAUGGUGCCUUUCCAGAUGUGUAAGCUGCCCAUGCCACACUCACUCAUGCAAACCCCACACCAUCAGAGAUGCAGGCUUCUGAACUGAGAGCUGAUAACAACAUUGUCCUCUUUAGUCUGGAUGACAUGGCAUCCAAGUUUUCAUAAAAGAACUUCAAAUUUUGAUUCGUCUGACCACAGAACAGUUUUAAAUGAGCCUUGACCCAGAGAAAACACCUGCGCUUCUGGAUCAUGUUUAGAUAUGGCUUCUUUUUUUUGACCUAUAGAGUUUUAGCCGGCACCGGAGAAUGGCACAGUGGAUUGUGUUCACCGACAGUGUUUUCUGGAAGUAUUCCUGAGUCCAUGUUGUGAUUUCCAUUACAGUAUCAUUCCUGUAUGUGAUGUAGUGCCGUCUAAGCACCAGAAGAUCACAGGUAUCCAAUAUGGUUUUCUGGCCUUGACCCUUACACACAGAGAUUGUUCCAGAUUCUCUGAAUCUUUGGAUGAUAUUAUGCACUGUAGAUGAUGAUCACUUCAAACUCUUUAAAAGUUUUCUCUGAGUAACUCCUUUCUGAUAUUGCUCCACUAUUUUUCGCUGCAGCAUUGGGGGAACUGGUGAUCCUCUGCCCAUCUUGACUUCUGAGACACUGUCACUCUGAGAGGCUCUUUUUAUACCCAAUCAUGUUCCCAGUUGACUUAACAAGUUGCAAAUUGGUCCUCCAGCUGUUCCUUAUAUGUGCAUUUAACUUUUCCGGCCUCUUAUUGCUACCUGUCCCAACUUUUUUGGAAUGUGUAGCUCUCAUUAAAUCUAAAAUGAGCCAAUUUUUGGCAUGACAUUUCAAAAUGUCGCACUUUCAACAUUUGAUGUUAUCUAUAUUGUGAAUAAAAUAUAAGUUUAUGAGAUUUGUAAAUUAUUCCAUUCCUUUUUUAACUCACAAUUUGUACAGUGUCCCAACUUUUUUGGAAUCGGGUUUGUACAUAUUCAAGCACAACCGAAAGUAUGUUUUCUAACUUUAUCCUGCUGUUGUUCCUUCAGUAUUUAAACGAACAAUAGUUAAUGCUCAUUGCCGAGCUCCCACAACAUAACCUUCAGUGGGAAUCAUUCAUGAAACAAAAGCACAAAAUAUUGCAGGCCAUUGCAUUCAAUUCACACAAAUAUGGAUUUAUGAAAAAUUCCCAUGAACUGCUUGUGUUGCAUGUUGUAAUGUGAAUUUUUCACACCUUAUGUGUAUCAUGAUGAUUGCACGAUGGUUUGUUAGAGCUGACCUAAACUAAAUGUUUUUAGCAGUACACGUACUAAUCUAAUAUAAUUUAGUAAACAACUCUAGAUCUGAUUCAGGAGAUCUGUGUUCAGGUGAGCUGGACCAGAGUCCUGCACUGAAACCAUCAACGCAAUACAUGAUGCUUUAAAUGUAUGAUCGCCUUGUGUUAAAUGGAGAUGUGUGAUGAUACUCUCAUCUUAUUUAAUGCAAUACUAACACCACGGUGCAGAACACUUAUUUUGUGAGCAUCUGUGAUGGUUUCUGUGUGUUGUAGUGUGUAGUGUUAUGUGUGAUUGAUGACACUGAAGGAAAUCUGAGAUGGUCUCUUGCUCAUGAUGGACUGCUGAUUCCAAAAACUAUCUGUUUUGCUGAAGGAAAGAAGAAGUGAAGAAGUCUCACAUUAUUACAACUUUUAGUUCAAUUCUCAGCUUAUUUCAUGUGUAUGUGAUUAUUUGAUGCCUAAUCCUGAUUUUAAGGUCAGAAUUAUGGACAGAAGAAAAUGCAAACACAAGUUUUUUACUGAAUCUUUAGAACAUUACAGACUUUGCAGGAAAAAAGAAAAUAUUCAUAAAUGUGUUUACGUGAAGUUUAAGAGGUUAAAUGGAGAGUUUGAACAUGUUUUUCCACUCCUUUGCAGACUCCAAUUUGAAAGAUAGAUUUAACUUUUUUAUCCUUUAUUUAGCAAAUACUAAGUGUGUGGAAGUAGUCCUGUGUACUGUCUGUUAUUGUUUGUAUAGAAACAUUUUGUAUAUAAUCUAGGAACUCUUGGUGUUGUAAAUUAAAUCUGAUAUUCAGUAAUAAAGUGAUAACUAGUUGCUUAACUGCAAAAGAGUGAUUUAAACUAUUCCACGUGUUUAUAGAGAAACCUCUGAGACAUGUCAAAACAGAGAUAUGACCAGAAAUAAACAUUCAUGAACAGCACUUAUUAAAACC